UGCGCAAACUCGUGGCGAAAGCACGCCCUGAAUGCACCGAAAAAAUCGCGGAAAUUCAGUGCAUCGGGGACGGUUGGUAAUGAAACAAUCGAGGGUGGUUCACCCCAGCUGUCAAUACUACCAUUAGGGGUGCAGUGGUACCGGGUAAACAGGGCCACGUGAUCGCGGCAUGGUACCGGGUGGUGGGGGCGAAAACAGUGCGGUAUUCGGAGAAAUUUGGGAAAUUUAGGCCUACGCGCCGAGUGUCACGUUCACGGGUAAGGGCGGCACAGGGACGGACUCAGUGGGCAUGCGAGUGGACAGUGUGGUGACAGUGAGCAGCCCCCAAGUCGAACAAGGGUGAUAUGUCUCAGAAAGACUCCGUUAUUCAUCUCGUCGCCGGGGGGGUGGCGGGCACCGUGGGGGCGAUCGUGACGUGCCCCCUGGAAGUGGUGAAGACGCGCCAACAGUCGUCGAAAAGCGGCUUCCACCAUUUGCCCCAGAUCGCCCAGGAGCCCCCCGGGGGCUCGCAAACGACGUGCCGUACAGUCUCUCCCUCUCAGAGGCGUAGGUUAUGGACCACUACACGGCACAGCCGGCCUCAAGUUGUGGCUCUUUCAGGUUACGUUACUCCCUCGACUGAUACUUUGAACAUAGUCCAAUGUCUGAAGCACAUUAUAAAGCACGAAGGACCCCUCGCUUUAUUCAAAGGUCUGGGCCCCAAUCUUGUGGGGGUCGCCCCCUCGCGGGCCAUCUACUUCGCCACCUAUUCGCAAGCGAAACUCUUCUGGAACGGUCUUCUGCCUCCGGAUUCGCCCAUGGUUCAUGUGUGUUCGGCUUCGUGUGCCGGUUUCGUUGCCAGUUCGUUGACAAAUCCGAUUUGGUUUGUCAAGACUAGAUUACAAUUGGAUAUGAAUAAAAACAGCAACAUGACAGCGUUCGAAUGCGUACGGAGGAUAUAUGCCAAAUCGGGCAUCCUUGGGUUCUACAAGGGCAUCACCGCCUCGUACAUGGGCAUCUCGGAGACCAUCGUCCACUUCGUGAUCUACGAGGCGAUAAAAGCGGAGCUAGUGAGCCACCACACGCAAUAUUCGACUGAGAAAAGUUCGAGGGACUUUUUCGAGUUUAUGGCGGCCGGUGCCGUUUCGAAAACAGUUGCGUCUUGCAUCGCGUACCCCCAUGAAGUGGCGCGGACUCGUCUGCGCGAAGAGGGCACCCGCUACACGGGCUUCUGGCAAACCCUCACUCUGGUCUUCAAGGAGGAGGGAGUCCGGGGUGUGUACAGGGGACUGACGACGCAGCUUGUGAGACAAAUACCGAAUACGGCCAUCAUGAUGGCAACCUAUGAGGCUGUGGUUUACGUUCUUACGACGAGGUUCGGGACCGAGUUUUACGAUAAAGAGGCGAAUUAGCAGGGUUCUAGUUUUUGGUUUUAGAGAUCUGUGUUAUUAUUUGUAAAGUCAAGCUAGGUUAAGUUGAAAUUCAGGCUGGAUUUGUAGUUGGUGUACAGUAUUAGAGUUAAAGGUUUUGUAUAAGAGAUGAUUCUGGUCAUGUUGAUAGGAUAAGUUGAAACGGUUGAUCAGGUUAAGUGGAGGUUUACUUUUGUUAAGUUUAUUGUUCAAAUGAAAAGUGUGAUUUAUUCUAGAUCCGAUAUUUUUCUUAUUAGCUUCUUUAUUGAUCCUGUUGUACAUAUAGCCAAGUUAAUGAUUGAUUUAAAUAUACUUUUCUCUAAAUA